AACCUGGCCGGCAACAUGCUACGCUUCUUGGUGUUCGCCACCCUGGUCCUUUAUGGACACAGCACCCAGGACUUUCCAGAAACCAACCCCCGGGUAGUUGGAGGGACUGAAGCUGGGAGGAAUUCUUGGCCCUCACAGAUUUCCCUCCAGUACCUCUCUGGGGGCAGUUGGCACCACACCUGCGGAGGGACACUCAUCAGACAGAACUGGGUGAUGACAGCCGCUCACUGCGUGGACAACAGCAGAAUGACCUUCCGUGUGGUGGUUGGAGAACACAACCUGAACCAGAACGAUGGCACAGAGCAACGUGUGAACGUGCAGAAGAUUGUGGUGCAUCCAUAUUGGAACAGCAAUAACGUGGCUGCCGGCUAUGACAUCGCCCUGCUGCGCCUGGCCCAGGCGGUUACCCUCAACAGCAAUGUCCAGCUGGGUGCUCUGCCGCCGUCGGGGACCAUCCUGCCCAACAACAGUCCCUGCUACAUCACAGGCUGGGGCAGGACCAAGACCAAUGGGCAGCUGGCCCAGGUCCUGCAGCAGGCUUACCUGCCCACUGUGGACUACGCCAUCUGCUCUAGCUCCUCCUACUGGGGCUCCACCGUGAAGAACACCAUGGUGUGCGCAGGAGGAGAUGGGAUCCGCUCCGGAUGUCAGGGUGAUUCUGGGGGCCCUCUCCACUGCCUGCUGAACGGCAAGUACACCGUCCAUGGAGUGACCAGCUUUGUGUCCAGCCUGGGCUGUAAUGUCUCCAGGAAGCCCACAGUCUUCACACGCGUCUCCGCAUACAUCUCCUGGAUAAACAACGUCAUUGCUUCCAACUGAACAUCUUCCUGAAUGGCUCGGCCUGCCCAAGAUGAUGCUUAGACCCACAGUAGGACUUGAGGCCAUCAAGGAAAAGACAGUCUGAGAGACCCUUGAGCCGGAUACAGAAAAGCAAAUAAAACUGAAUAUACGUGAUCAUCCUGAGUCUUUUUGUUUGUCAUUAAGCCCUCCCGAG